AGACAAUGUUCCAUUCUAAAGAAAACGUCUCUCUUCGGUGAAGAGACGAGACGAGUUUAGAAAAAUCUCUUCAGUGGUGAUCUACUGCAGUGACGUUUCUGCAGACAUGGGGACAGAGGAGAGAUGCAUCCCCAGAGCAGAAAUAGUGCGAUCCAAACUCAUCCAAUCCUUCUAUUUGAUUGAUCAACUUCAGGAGGGUCAGCGGGGUUCUCCGAAGUAUUGUAUCAAGGAUGUAUUUGACCCUCAGACCUUGCAGGGAAAAGACUCCCACCAGCUUGUGCGCUUUGAGAUAUCUCCUCACGGGGAUCACAUCAUCUCUAUGGAGGACCGCAGGCGAAGUCGCCUAAAGAAUUGCCACAGGCAGUUUCCACCUCUCAACAUGUUCUCUCACUGGGUCAUCGAAAGUCAUCUGUUUUCAAAUAUUAUUGUUGCGCUCAUUAUUUUGAAUACUAUUAUAUUAGAGAUUCAAGCAGAGAUAUUUGACAAUAUGGACCCAAAGCUGGAAAUGUUGAAAUUAGUUUUGGACAUGAUGGACUGGAGUAUUUUAGCUAUUUUCUUCCUGGAGAUCUUCCUGAAAUGGCUGGACAAUUUCAGGCACUUUUGGAAGAGUACUUGGAACAUCUUUGAUUUCGUGGUCACGUUCUUGUCUGUCCUUCCACAAAUCAUCAGAGCCAUCGGAGGUGUGAACAGGGGACACAUCCGGGUCGUGGAGUACCUGCGUAAGCUCCGCAUCCUAAGAGCUCUAAAGAUGGUGUCCAAAUUUCGUCAGAUUCGUCUUAUUGUGUUAACAGUCUCCAAAGCAUUUAAGGCUAUGUCUUUCAUCUUUCUACUUCUGCUGGUGUUUGCUUAUAUUUUUGCUGUGGUCGGAGUCAUCUUGUUCCAGGCUUACACACGUUCUGAUGUCACAGGUCUAACAUAUCAUGACAGUUUCAAGGACAUUACGAGUUCUUUCAUCACGCUUUUCAUCCUCUUCACUCUGGACCACUGGUAUGCCAUUCUGGCAGAUACGCGAAAAGUUCCAGAGAUGGACCCAAACAUCUGUGGAGUUUACAUCAUUCUGUGGCUUAUUAUUGGGGCUGUUAUAUUUCGCAACAUUUUUGUUGGGAUUCUAGUGAAUAAUUUCCAGUCAAUAAGACAAGACUUGUCACGAGAAGUCCAGCAAAUUGAGAAUCAACAAAAGGCUGACCACUUCAAAGCAGAGUUCAUCAACAGGAGAAAAAGUCAUUUGAUGCUUCCACAAGUACCACAAACAGCAGAUGAGUGUUUGACGGAGACCCCAAUAGACCAAGCAGAGAUUGCAAAUAUGAAUGUGUAUAGUACAAAUGAGAAGGACUGGGAAACCUAUGUAGAGGAGAACAUGGCGGUGAUGCAGAAACAGGAGAUGGAUGAGCAGGUCUUCUGGCCCAGGGAUUCCCUCUUCAGAUACUUUGAGCUGCUGGAGAUGAUACAGCUCAACCUGGACAAUAGGAAACGUUUGCAGGGUUUGGCAGCUCAAGCUUUGCUCAAUCUGCAUGACUCCUAAAAUGAAGAGACCGUCUUCUUUCUGAAUAAAGCACAUCUCAUCUCAUAUCA